AUGGCUUUUACUAAACAAGAAGUUGUAGUUAAUAAAAAAUGCAGUUAUGAUACAGCCAUGGAUCUUACAGGCUUCGGAAUAUAUAACAUUAUAAUGCUGACGUCAUGCUGUCUCAUAAUACUGGCAAUGUACAUGGACAUAUUCGGUUUCUCCGUGGUGAUGCCGGCCGUUGCCUGUGAUAUGGACCUUACGACCGCAGAACAAGGUCUACUCUCUGCUAUACCGUUGAUUGGUGUUAUGUUCUCGUCUUAUGUGUGGGGUUUCUGCGCUGAUACAAGGGGUCGUCGAACCACUCUUCUAUUCGCGAUGCCAGUAGGAUCUAUCUUCGGCUUCGCAGCCAGCAUGGCGCCUUCCUAUAUCUCGCUAGCUAUAUUGAAAUUUUUGUCAGCCAGUUUUACAUCAUCGGCUAAUGCAGCAGCUUUUGUACUAGUGGGGGAAAGCGCCCCAAAGAGGCAUAGAAGCAGAUUCAUGUUUCUCCUGGCCAGUGCCACAAUGUGCGUCCAGUUUAUAAUUUGCUCCUUCGCUCUACCGGUUUUCAAACAUUCGUUCUACAUCGAAAUAUCGUGGUUGCACAUGGAAUACCGCCCGUGGCGGAUGCUGAUGCAGAUCAUCAGUAUACCAGGAGUUCUAGGAACUAUCGCUAUGGCCUUCCUCAACGAGAGCCCAAAGUUUCUGCUCAGCAGAGACCAGACUGUAAAAGCAUUGGAUACUCUUAAAUCCAUUUAUAGAUGGAAUACUGGCAGAAAACCAUAUACUUAUCCAGUCAGCAGUGUUUAUCUGGACGAAGAGCCAGUUCUAGUGGAAAACUCUUCGUUCUUCCGGAAGAUGUGGGAUCAAACAGCGCCCCUCUUUAAGCCUCCACUGCUGAAAAAUUCCUUGAUGCUCUACUACAUUCUAAUGUGCGCUUACAUGACAUCAACCGGUUACACUAUGUGGGUGCCCACAAUGACGAACGCAUAUUUCAGCGGUGGCGACAAGAACGGACUGACAUUCUGCGAAGUGGCAAGUAACGCCGCCUCUGCAACGAACUCUACGUUAAAAGACUGCGAUAACAUUAUCCAACCAAUGACGCUAUACGCAGUCAUGUGCUACUCAGGAGUGUCGACCGUAUCCUCAGUUCUCCUGUCCUUCGCCGUAGGACCUUUAGGGAAAAAGUUGACCACGCUCCUAGUGUUUGCCGUAGCGGCAUUCUGCGGGGUUCUACUCCUCUUCGUCAGGGUACCAAUGCUCAGUAUAGCACUGUUCUUCUUAUUUCUAUACGUGGCGCUAAUAUUGGGAAAUGUGAACAGCUAUUUAGUGGAAUGGAACCCUACACAUUUAAGAGGAAUGGCAACAUGCCUAUCCGUUGUUGUCGCUCGAGGAUUCGGCUUUAUCAGCGUGCAACUAAUAGCCAGUUUACUGACUGACUACUGCACGCCGAUGAUCAGUGGAUAUGUACUACUAGUUAUUUCUGGAUUCGUAGUUUCGAUAUUCUUGCCGCCUGAAAGAAAACCUGUAUCACAAUCAGACGAAGAAAAACCAAUUGAUCAGUAA